GAAGUGUUUUGUUGCUGCAGCUUCAACUCGGCUGCAGAGCGGGUGUCUCCGAGGGGGAGCGCAGGGAAAAAACAGGAGGAGCGGGGGGCUCUUGUGUCUCACAUCAGAGGAGCAGAGGACGAGGACGCGGCCUGGCAGAGAGGAGAACGUGUCCGAUAUUCCAACAGCGCAGCGAGGAGCGGGGAGACAAAAAAGGAAAAAUAAACCCAGACGAGCCGCUUCUCUUCUCUUGGAUCGGAAAAUGGAACUACCCGCCGCGGGAGAGCACGUCUUUGCGGUGGAGAGCAUCGAGAAGAAGCGCAUCAGAAAGGGGAGGUUCGAGUAUCUGGUCAAGUGGCGAGGAUGGUCUCCAAAAUACAACACGUGGGAACCAGAGGAAAACAUCCUGGACCCAAGGCUGCUUGAUGCUUUCCAAGACAGAGAACGUCAGGAGCAGCUGAUGGGAUAUCGCAAGAGAGGCCCCAAGCCCAAGCACCUUCUGGUCCAGGUCCCUUCAUUUGCGCGGAGAUCCAGCAUUCUGGCUGACCUCCACGAGGCGUCCCUGGAUGAGGACAGCUGCGAGAAGUCCAACCCCAUCCAGAUGCUCCGUCCCCAGGGCCAACAGUACCAGCUGAACAGCAAGAAGCACCACCAGUACCAGCCGCUGUGCCGGGAGCGCGAGGCCGAGCAGCAGACCAACGGCAAGAAAUUAUUCUAUCAGCUCAACAGCAAGAAGCACCACCACUACCAGCCAGACCUCAAGGUGCACGAGCCCAUGUUUGCCAAGCCCAGAGACGUCAGAGCCCCAGAGCUGCCCAACAAAGGGUACAAUGUGCCCCCUGUGCUGCAGCAAAAGUGGGUUCGGGACAAAGACUCUGGCUGCCUGACCAAAGUGAAGGAUAUCACUAUGGAGCUGAAGAAUCUUCCAGCUGACCUCAACAACCACAAAGAGCCGGAGAUGGUUAAACCUAAAGAGGAUGCUUCUACACAGUCUAAUGGUGUCAGCAGCAGCAAGCUAAAGAUCGUGAAGAACAAAAACAAGAACGGGCGGAUUGUUAUCGUCAUGAGUAAGUACAUGGAAAAUGGAAUGAAGACAGCUAAAAUAAAAACCGGUGAAACUGCAGAAAAGCCGGGGCAAGAAAUGGACAUCAGCACAGAGAACAACCUUGAAAAGAUGAAACUUGUCAAGAAGCUCGGCCUCAUGAACGGAUUUGCGAAAAACCCCAAAGACAAACCCGCUAUUCCAAGUACUGGAUUUAACGUAGAUCGCCGAAAAGAAAAGGAACAGUCCCCCAAAGUGGAGCCAACUGCGACGGAACAGGAUAAACAUGUCGAGGUCAGGGGUCGGGGGCAGCUUCCAGCGGAUCAGCUUUUACUAUUGACAACCAAGCCUAAUCUGCUCUCCCUGCCUUUGGAUAGGGGAGUUCCCUCUCCACUGGACAAAAGAGGAACCCAAGGUGGAUUUCAAACUCUAAAGCGACACCUCUCUGACACAGACUGCGAGGAGCAUGGGAGUACUAAGAGGUUUUUGAGUUCCAGCAGUAUCAGCGUUCCUAACAUGGUAUCUUCACCCGCCCAAAACAUCAGCUACGACCAAAACGGACACGGGGGCCACAUCGGCCUGCAGGUCUGUGGGUACGCAGAUCAAGACGAGCCUAUUGACUUGAGCAUUGACAAGUCCAGGCCUAAAGCUGCAGCGUCCACAGCGAGCCAGCCAGCAAAACACACACAAGCUGAAACUCUAGCGCACACACCGGAGGAAACGCACACACAAGCUGAAACACAUACGAUAACGGACUCGCAACCAGAAAUGCAGCGCCAGACUGAAACCCAAAGCGCUGCAGAGAAGGUGAGAGUAGACUCAUUGUCUGUUUCUAACAAUGACGAGAUAAAAGAGGAGACGUUUCCCUCCUUCCAGCCGUUCCUCGGGAAUAUAGUGAUCACAGACAUUACGACAAACUGCCUCACUGUUACAUUCAAGGAAUACAUAACAGUGUGAUCCCGCUGGAUACCAACUGUGUAACUGUAUAAAUGUAUAUUAGAGAGAUUUAAUUUAAAGAUGCUUGAAUGUACAAAUGAACCGUUGAUGUUGUUUUCAUUUUGUAAAGUUCAGAUAAAAUAACUGAACUUUUAUUGCGUUAUUUGCAUAUUGUCUUCUUAUCUUAUAAGCUCUAUCUGUUGUUAUUUCUGGAGAUUCUAUCACAUGCAGUUUCUAAUUUUACGCUCUUUCAAACGUAGUUAGAAAGCAAAAUUAGAUCAUAAAUAGAUGCCGGAUCUUUAAUUAAAGAUGCACUUAACCCUUGUACAUACUUUUCACUUUUCUAUGGAUGUAAUUUGAUUUAUACACUCAACUGUCUACAUCUCAUAAAAAUGUAGGCUAUAUGGAGAGUUUUGUAAGGAAGAGAAAUUAUAUUGAAUCAUGGUAAAAUACACUGUGCGGGUGUAUGUGCGUGCGAGUGUGUGUGCGUGCGAGUGUGUGUGUGUGUGUGUGUGCAUGCGUGAACAAGUUGACAGGUUUAAACAAGGAUAGAUGCUGCUUGGACAGAUUAUGCCAUUAGGCGUGCUUAAACAAGCAGAUGAAAAAAAAUGAAGCGUCUCUUUGUCAAUAAAUGUGAUUUGUGUUGAAAGGGAAGAGGUGAUUAUUAACGGUUAACGUUUGAUAUAUGCUCCUAUUAUUUGGUCUCCAUUCAAUGUGUUUUCUGGGUCACGCAUCUCAAGAUCUAAUAUUGAGCACAAGUCCCUUCCAUUAACACAGUUGACGUACAACCAUAUAUAUUUUCAUGUUUUGCAGCAGUGACUAAAAUAAAAACAAAAAAAUAAUAAUAUGAAUUAUAUCAGCCUAAUCUAAUCUAACAGAUUAGUACCACCACCUGGGGUUCCGUGAUUCAGCUUUUUCCCAUUCUCUCACACCCUGACACGUGUGACACAGAUGGACAAAGUAUAAAAUAAUUCAUAUUUUGUGUAACUAAACGUAUGUAAAAGCACACGCAGGCUCUUGUCAUGAUCAGAUCUGUUCCCUGAGUUCAUUCAUUCUUCUCCUUCCCUUUCAGCACUGUGUGGUAUGAGGUGCAUUGAACUGCUCUGUUGAAAACUGACCAGAUGCACUUUUGAUGUUUUCUCUGCAGACUAAAAAGUGAAGGCUUCCUAUAAUACGUUUUUGCAAUAAUAAAACUGUUUGCAAGUAAAA